UUUAUUAAAGAUUUUGUCAUCACGGUGAAAAGAUGACUAGGUGACGAGAACGUGUGUAUACUUACACCCGCAUAGUAUCGAAUAUUAUUAGUGAAGAAUUGUUUAAAAUAUGGCAAAAUCAACAGUUGUGUUAAGCUUUCACGAAAUUUUGCUGCAUGAAUCUGAUGUUAAACUACUGGGUGGGCCUUAUUGGCUAAAUGACACUGUAAUAUCUUUUUAUUUUGAAUACCUGGAAAAAGUAAUAUUCAAUAAUGCCAAAGAUAUUUUGUUUGUAUCACCUGAAGUAACACAGUGUAUAAAAAUGGUUCAACCUGAAGAAAUAAAUAUUUUCUUAGAGCCUUUGGACAUUAAUAACAAGAUGUUGGUAUUCUUUGCCCUGAACGAUAACAACUCACCUGAUAAAGCAGGAGGGUCACAUUGGAGCCUUCUCGUUUACUCUAGAAAAGAAAAUUGUUUUUAUCACCUUGAUUCAUCAUCUGGAAGUAAUCAUAAUGUUGCAUGGGACUUUGCAAGUCAUAUAAUGUCUUAUUUAUCAAAAGGAGGUACAAUAAAUUUUGUCGACAAGGAAUGCUCACAACAGAACAAUGGCUAUGACUGUGGUGUACAUCUCAUCUGCAACACUGAAAGACUUGCAAGACACGCACAAAACAAUGGAGAAAUUAACUCAUGUGAUAUGUCUUUUAAAAUAAAUCCUAACAUUAAGAGGAAAGAAAUUCUAACUGUUAUAGAUGAGUUAUCAAAGUCAAACUAAAUCUUUUAAUUAAUGUUUGAAUUGGAAGUUUUAAA